GUGAAGAAGGAGAGAAGUUCAGAGAGAGAGAGACACACAGAGAGUGAGAGAGUGAGAGUGAGAAAGAGAGAGAAAGAGAGAGGGGCUCAAUUAACUGCUUCAAUUAACCAGCCUGGACCCACAGUGUGUGUCUGUGUGUGUCUGUGUGUGUGUCCGUCUGCACAUUGUUCAACAACCCUGGACCAGAUCCGUGAAUCAGCCUCUGGAGACUGGAUCCCGGAGCUCGGACCGGCCGCAGGACUCGGGCAGACAUGUCGGACAGCACCGGGUGCGAGUUUGAGAUCGACGUGGAGAGUCUGGAGACGGAGAGCGACGACCCGGCGGACUCCUACAGUCCCGGACCCGGUCCCAGUCCCGGACCCGGUCCCGGACCCUGCCCCGGCGCCUCGGAGGACGACGCGGACGAAGUGAAGAGCGACGACAAGCCGGGUCCCGUUGGCCCGGGCCCGGGGGAGCAGAGGAAGCUGAGCCGGACCCCGAAGUGCGCCCGCUGCCGGAACCACGGGGUGGUGUCCUGCCUCAAGGGCCACAAGCGCUUCUGCCGCUGGAGAGACUGUCAGUGCGCGAACUGUCUGCUGGUGGUGGAGCGGCAGCGCGUCAUGGCGGCGCAGGUGGCGCUCCGCAGGCAGCAGGCCACCGAGGAUAAGAAAGGCAUCUCUGGGAAACACCUUCCAGCCGAGAGGAGGACGCUCUACCAGCGGCACAUCCGCCCGUCCACCAUGCUCGCCAAGAGCAUCCUGGAAGGUUAUCGUCCGGUGCAGACGGAUCCAUUCCUGGCGGCCAACGCGUCUCUGCCCCCCCCGCUGAGCGACCGCAUGAGGAAGAGGAGGGCCUUCGCCGACAAGGAGCUGGAGACCAUCAUGCUGGAGCGCGAGUACAAAGAGCGCGAGCUGAUGGAGAACAGCCAGGCGGCCGCGCUCAUCUUCCCCAACAGCAUGGUCCACCACGCCGCCGAGUACAACUCCUACAAGACGGCCUACUCGCCGGCCAAUCAGGUGGAGCCGCAGCCCAAAGAGUUUGGCAGCUUCAUGGGGCCCAGCUGCCUGGACCUGUCCAUGCAGUACCCCGGGGGCCCGGCCAACGUGGAGCUCAUCUCCUCCAACGUCAGCGUGGCCACCACCUACCGCCACUACCCGCUGCAGCCGUCCCGAGGCAGCUUCAUGAUGUGGCCCCGCAGUGCGUCCAACCUGGGGGACGCCCUGCUCUACCAGCAGUGUCUCUUCAACGCCACGGCGGUGCAGAACAUGAAGCCCGGCGCCGUGUGGGAGCCCAAGGCCAUGGCGGCUGAGAGCCAGCUGCCCGAGCAGGAAGCCGCGGCCGCUUUCGCCGCUAAACUGGAAGGAUCCCGAGCGGCGGCGCUGCAGGACUCGUCGAAUCCCCCGCAGCCGGAUCCCAAAGCCCCCGGCGUGGCCCCCGGGGGGCAGAGGGGGUGCUCGGCCUUCGCCCCCCCGAAGAGGGGCUUUGGACAAUCCUUCCCCAACAACUGUCACCCCCAAAACCCCCAGAACUCCAUGCACGCCUUGAACAAGCUGAGCAAGGACAGUGCUAAGCUGUCCAUGAAACUCAACUCCUUCCACUCCCUCAUCCAGCACUCGCUGAAUGAGAAAGGAGGAGGAGGAGGAGGAGGUGGAGGAGGUGGAGGAGGAGGUGGAGGAGGUGGAGGAGGUGGAGGCGUGGGGCCGGAGCUCAGGCCUCCGUACUGCAAAGAGCUCUUAGAGGAGGCCGCCCGCAAGUUCAGGGAGGGAUCAGCCAAGGACGCUCAGGCUGUUAAGAUCACCGACCGCUACGCCAAAGACUUUCUGUCCAAGCCUGUGGGAACCAAGAUGGCGUCCGGCGAGUCGUUGUCCUUCUCAGUGGAAGCCAUCUUGAAACGACCCCCCCCCGCCAUGAGCCGAGCGUUCCACUGACUCAGCUCCGGUGUCUUCAUCUUGCACUAGAACCAGCAGGUUCAUCUCAGACCAGAGACCUGCAGACACCGAGUCAGGAAACACACGAGCCGGAGAUAUUUAUGUACAGUAUAUUAUAUUUUACAUGUGCAUGUUUAAUAACUUUAUUGUGUAGAGUAUUUAAACAUUAUACCGAUGUUUUCCUCAUGUCAAUAAACUUUAUAAGACCCAA